GACGGAGCAAAAUUUCCUUAGAUAGGAUCCGAGCCAUACAUUUUCCCCCCUUUCUUACAAACCCAUCCUCUGCCGGGAAUGAGUCAACAGUUGCAAUGGUGUUGACUCAGCGAGCCAGACUUUUGCGGCUUCUUGCCAUUGCACAGUUUCCCUUGGCUGUCGAUGCCAGUCUGUACGAUGGCUUUGGUGGCUACGGACAGGGCCAACGGGUCGCGCCAUACGACGCCAACUCAACCGCGUUCCUCGACGCCGUCGCUGCGUCCAACUCAACAGGCGUCUUCAAAAUCCCCGGCUACGACGUAUCCAAGCCCUUUCCCGGGACUCCCAUAGACGGAUGGACUCUGAGCAUGGCCGCCUUGGAUAUGUCUCACGCCGCCGUGGUGGACGCUACCCACGAGCCCAUGGUCGGCUACAGUCUCACGAUCCAAGCGCCGGAUUCGCUCAUCAAGAACGCCGGCGACGGCACAAAGUUCGUCAACGCCGACCCGAGCUGGGGGAUGUGCAUGUGGAUCUUCUCCCCUCCCCCUUCAAACAACAAGACAUUGUGGAACAACCCAACCAACAAGCCGCUAGCCGACGACGGCUCAUGCAAAGGGUUCUUGUCAGACGAGUGCAUCGCCGCGCUGGAAAAGCACGCGACAUGGGAAGCCUAUCCGGCCGAUCCCGCGAAGCUUGGCUCCAACGGCCAGUUCGGAUCUCUCGUGGGAUGCAACACCAUGCACUUCCCCGAUGAGUGCGGGCCAAAUGGGCCGGGCAACAGCUUAUUCAACGCCGCGUCUCUCAACGGCGUGCCGGUGCCGUUCCUGAAUGGAUCGAUCACCAGGUCAGACGGCUGGCAGUUUGAAGAUUACAGGGGCUCAUCGUACAACUCGACCGAGGACCUGCAGCUGUACUGGGAUAGCCAGGUGCUCAACUUCUGGACGGUGGUCACUGUGAUGGUCAACGCAACCGUUGAUGCGAAUGCCCAGAUGGGGGACAAGGGUGUCGGUUUGCCGGGUGUGAGUUGUGUCGCUCCGAAUGGAGUGGGCACAGGGAAGGCCUUUGCGUUUUCGACUUCGAACUUCACGGUUCCAAACGGUAAUGGUGAUAACGGCAACGGCACCAAGGCAGACGAUGAGAACAGCGGUGUGGGAAUGGCGGUGCCGGCUUGGUCGGUAUUAUGGAGUGUGCUGGCCCUGCUGGUCUGACGAGGAUGCUGAGUGUUGUAGGAAAGGAAACCCUAAAUUCUAAGGAUGUCCGAAUGCCAUUGUCGUUGAGCAGGCAAGUCACUCAUAAUGGAACAAAACACCAGAAAUGGUGCCUUCGAGUCCAUGGUUUCAUAUAUUGCAGACCGGGCCGACUUUCACUUCCAUGCCCGCACCUGCCGAACCGAACGACGGGCCGAAAUUCAGGUACAGUACCCGAAAUGCAACCUAGGGUCUCCCGAGCAUCACAUCCAUAGGGUCCUCUGAGCAAAUUGUU